AUGGCUAUAUUUGAGCGACAAACCACCAAUAAAGUUUUAUUAGACGAUACCGAACCGUUAAAAUGCACUAUUGAAAAUUGGAAAAAUGUCAAUGGACAUACAGAAUUCGUUAUAAAAGUGUACAGAGGACCCUUUUCCGAUCAAACUUGGAAGAUCAAUAAGAGAUACAAUGAUUUCUAUAAACUCAACAAUGUGUUGCAAUCUUCAGGAAUACCAUUGGAAUUACCUCCGAAAAAAUACGUCGGGAAUAUGGAUCCGCAUUUUAUUGGUGAAAGACAGCAGGCUUUGCAGAAAUAUCUAGACAGCAUAUUCAUGAAUCCAAUAUUGGUAUCUUCGCUACCAGCCAGAUCAUUUGUUGAUCCGGCAAAUUAUUGUCAACCAUUCGGAGAAUUCGCCCUGCAACAUGUUUCGUUGGCUCUUAGAGGCGAAGUGGGUUGGGAAGUUAUCAGUCCCAUAAACGACAUUGGAUGGCGCUUACGCAAACAUUACUAUGAUCUGAAAUGCAAAUCAUUGCCUAAGGAAGAGAUUUUCGGCAGUUGGACUGAUUACGGCCCCGAUAAAUAUUUGGACGACAGAGAAAUGCAUGCUGUCUUCAAAAGUCUAUGUCAAAUACAGCAUCCAUACAUACAUUCGAUCGAACUGUGUUUGUGUACGGAAAUCGGAGCGCUGGUGGCACGAAUGUCCCACAAAAACGGCACUCUAAGAGAUCUGCUGUCAGACGCCAAGCCUAGGCAGUCUUUUUUAAAAAAAUACGGGAAUCCUAAGGGACACAAGACUCUCAGUCCGGACCAAAUAGCUUUAUACGGACGUCAGAUAUUGGAAGCUUUGAAGUUUUUGCGUGACAAGGGCCUUCCCUAUGGUCAUUUGCACACUGGUAACGUUAUAAUAGAAAACGGCCGCGUGAAACUGUUGGAUAUAGAAAACGGUAUAUUGGGCGUCCCUUCAUUUUACAGACCAUAUUUCAUGCAACACAAGAAAAUCAACAGUAUGGAUGCGAUCGACGUGUACUGCUUCGGACAUGUUCUGUAUGAAAUGAUGUUCGGCAAUCCGCUACACGAGAGCAUCACCGAUAACAUACAAAAUUGUGCGAUAAAAAAUAUAUUGGCCCGUAUACUCUCGUCGGAGGCCUGUAAAAACGGCCUACCGACCAUCAACGAUCUAUUGGCCGAUCCGUUUUUCGCGAGCGUCCAUCUGACGUUGUUACCAACAGACAGAGCUCACUUCAAAUUACCCAAUUCGACCAAAGAGCAAUUGAAAUUGGCUGUACAUAGAAUCGAGGAAAGACUGAAAGACGAGCAAAAGAUGGUGAGAAGCCAAAAGCGGCUGGUCAAGGUCCAGGAGAUGAUGAGCUGCGAGGAGGAGAAGAAGAAAUUGGCAAGGCACAAAAUGGAACGAAUGGCCAAAGAACAACACAAGCAGAACAGGCGGCUGGAAAAGGCAAACAGUCUUAAUGGAGAAAGAUCUGAAAGUGUUAACAGCAGUGCUGCCACUUCAAUUGGAACCGCUACGCCUCCGUCUAUGACAGGAUCAAACGUCCCGUCGCCACCUCCACCACCGCCGCCUCCUAUGGGCAAUUCGGCCCCGCCUCCACCGCCUCCGCCUAUAUUGAACGGUUCGAACGCUGCUCCUACCGCCGACGAUAACCACAACGUCGACGGUAAGGGACGGUCCGAGCUUUUGGGCGCCAUUUGCAACUUCAACAAGUCGUCGCUGCGCAAAACCAAAGUUUCUUGA